CAACACGAGGGCCGCGUAUGUGCAAUUCAGGCCGCAUACUUUCUGCACCCUUUUCUUCUCCACUUCGCAAGAACUAUCACUUUUCCUUCCAACUCCCUCACACCUUCCCUUCUCCACGAACCAAACAAAGGGUGAGCUCCGACUACCGCGACACACGAUUAGGUAGCUAGAGCUCUCCAGCUACUAUUCCUCACAGGCACCACCACUACCAUGGUGCUUCGAAAAUCCGAAGAGCAAGCAGGCCUUGUGCCAGCCCCUCUCUCAAAAGCGAAUCCUCCGUACCCCACAACUCCCUCAGAGGAGCACCCUCCAGCGAUUCCCUCGUCCUCUGACGCGACUGUCUACUCCCCGGAUCUAAACAAGUCUCCAGCCUUCAGCUUCAAGACCCUAGAAGAAGCAAGAGGACAGACGGAAAAUAAUGAUGACGACUCGGACUUCACCGAUGACGAGUGGAACCAGUCCGACGACGACUUCGAGGAUAUCGGUCCCCGCGAUGUUCCAAACUCGUUGAAGCCUGGUGGAGGAAAGCCAAUGCAAGGCUCCAUCAAUACGAAUGGCCUACCAGAUGCUCUGCGGGCAGGUCCGCCGGCCGGAGUACCUAUCAAGAGAUCGCCCGAGAACAUAUCGGCCAUGCCCACUGGAGCUAGUUCCGCAUCUUACGGUGCCAUUAGCAACGCAUCGGAACAGUCGAACGGGUCGGCGCCGCUACAGACAAACAAUCCAUACCUUAAGAUGCAAGCAACUGGGCAGAGUAACUGGGGCGGCGAGAGCAGCCAGGCCAUAUGGGGGGACUCACCAGGGCACAACAAAAAGUACGACGAGCCGGUGGAGCUACCUACUUCCCAGACGCCGCUCACGCCUUCUCCUGGACCCGACAAAUUGAAGCUGGAUGACAACGCUCCGCAUCAAAAGAAGUCGCAAUCUAUAGACCAGCCGCCCUCUAUCGCGGUCAAUUCGCCUACUCCACGUUCUGAGCACCCAAGAGAUGUCAUCGUCUCGGAACUACGGGAGCCCGGUACAGACGAUUCCUCGCUUGAUGCUGCCUCGAGAGGAUAUGGCCUUCCCAAGGGCAACACCUCGGACAGUGGCCAGAAGACGUGGCAGGAGCAGCAAGACUGGGAACGUAGCGAAAGGGAGAGGAGACAAAAAGAAGCCCAUGCUGCUCACGAAGUAGUGACAAAAGCCGAACAGGAGCGAAAACAUGAGGCUGAGUUUAAUCGACUAGAACAGCAACCUCCAUUACCACCAUUCGCACCACCGCCUAUUCAACCUGUCCAGCAGGAGCAGCCACCAGCGUUACCGCCGAGAAAGUCACAUGAGGAAGUUCCACCCACCAUGCCUCCGCGACCCCUUGACACAGGAGUCGGUUCUGCUUCCAAUUCUGGACCCGAAUCACCAAAUACGACAAUGAACAGGCAAAGAAAGGAGCACUACCAAAUCAAGCAUAUCCGAUGGCACGACUAUAAUAAGAAUGGUAUUCGCACUUCGCCUAUACUCACGCAAAACCUCAAUGGCCCAUGCCCCCUGCUUGCUCUAGUCAACGCGCUCGUGCUCUCCACUCCAGCCGGUAUCGAGACUGCACUGGUUGAGACGCUACGCACACGAGAGACAGUUAGCCUUGGCUUACUUCUCGACGCAGUUUUCGAUGAGCUCAUGUCCGGCCGGCGAGGUGAUGCUGCCCAAGCGUUGCCGGAUGUCAGUGAACUUUACAAGUUCCUCCUCGCCCUGCAUACAGGCCUCAACGUCAACCCAUUGUUCGUUCCUGAUAGGGAUGCUGUCGUUGGCAACACAUCACUCACUAACCGAGCAGGAGGCUUCGAAAACACACAAGACAUGAAGUUGUAUCGCACGUUCGACAUACCCCUGAUGCACGGAUGGCUCCCAGAGGAAGGCUCUGAGGCAUAUACCGCUUUUAAUCGCGUAGCAAAAUCAUACGAGACUUCACAAUAUGUACAAUUUCAAGAAGAGGAGCUUGAUGCGAAGCUACAAUCUGGGGAGCCGUUGAACGCGGACGAGCAGCAGAUGUUCACCGACAUUCACGCUAUCAAAGAGUUCCUCAGUCGAUGGCCGACUCAACUCACAGACCACGGACUAAAAGUCAUGCGAGAGACCCUGCAACAUGGUCAAGUCGCCAUCUUGUUCAGAAAUGAUCACUUCUCUACCCUUUGCAAGGAUCCUCGUACCGGUCGACUCCUGACACUAGUCACAGAUCAGGGCUACUCAACUCACGAUGAGAUCGUUUGGGAGUCACUGACGGAUGUCAACGGUCAAGGCAGUCAGCUUUUCUCGGGCGAUUUCCGCUCUGUCGACAACAGUAGUACGCUCCCGAGGCCACAAGAGCAGCAACAAGCGCAUGGUAUUGUCGACGUUGACGACAAUCAAGGCUGGACUACUGUUCAAUCCCGACGGGGAACUGAGCAACAACAGUCCUCUUCGGCUACACAACCCUCUUCCCAGGGUGCUGAAGUUACUUCAUCAGGAGGGCUGAGCAGGGCUGAGCAGGAAGAUCAUGAUCUCGCUUUGGCUCUCCAGCUCCAGGAGGAGGAAGAGGCUCGCGAGAGGCGUGAAACAGAGCAGCGUGAACGAGAGAACCGACUCUCUGUGGAUGCGAUCGCAGCACAUUCUCAACCGCGAACUGUUGCCAAUCGUCGCACAUCUCGAGGAGAGCAGACGCCUGUCAUCCCACCGCGACGCAACAACAUCACUACACAUCGUCCGAACAACGAGCCAGCACCACCGCCUACAUACGAAGAAGCUUCAACAACCCCGCGGUAUAACCCUCCCCCAGGCCAUCCAGCGAAUCCGCAGGCGCCGUUGUUACCUCAUGGCAGCGCGUACCAAACAAACAGCGGCGGCCUACCUCCGCCACCCGGUGCUGGUCCUACAGGGCGACGCGCCUCGGGGCGGCCGAUGCAGCCACCUAAUAUGGGUUCGCCUGGUCGACCAGGAAGAAGGCACAGUGCAGGUGCAGGUGUAGGUGGACCUGGGUCAGAGGAAAGGGAGAAGUGCGUGGUUAUGUAGAUACGCAAUCGCUGCCUGAUACGAUGAUGGUUUCCUUACGCUGACAUGUCAUGGCGCUUAGUGAUUGUCCUUCACGAACUUGCGAGUUUUGCACUGCGAGCUGAAUGGCGGUCUGAGGUCUAUUCAGGCGUAGAUUAUACCCUUGUUUCGAUUAUUUGCUCCUCUUAUCACGUCUAUUCACGCAUAUUUGUAGAUUGGUGCUUCGGCCAACGAGUAACGUUCGAGCUUCAACACAAGAUUCCAUAGUAAUCUCUAGACGCUAUUCUCUCUCCCUACAUCCCUCCAACUCAUUCCUCGCGCUUCAUGUGUAACAAUACCUCAUCCCUUUGUGCCGCUGUAGACGUAUACUCUGAUCAGGUUUACGGGUAUACUUGCACUUCCCGCCUGAUGAUAUUGUGAUGCGUCGCUCCUGCGAUUGAUGAAGUUUCUAGAUGUCCCCAACGACCUUCUAUUACACGAGUUACCUCGUCUUUGAAUGCCAG